GCACCGCUCAUUGGCAUGUUUAUUUUGGUUAUAGCAGGGUAGCUUGGGCGUGUAGACCUCCUGGGAAGCGAAAUUCAUGCCCGUUAAAUAUCACAGUCAGAGUGCUCUUUAACCCAUAAAAAUGAAACUGAGGGACGUUUUUCAUGUCAGUUUUUCCUUAGUUAGUUUUUUGUUUAGUGCAGUAACAUUCAUCCAGCUGAUAUUUUUCUUGUCCCACUUACCGAAGGAUGAAGAGAGUCAUUCAAAAGAUGACAUACGUGGUUUUGAGGAUGCCAUAUGGCCUUUGCUGGUUGAUUUAGCAUUACUUUAUUUGUUUGUUCUGCAACAUUCUGUAAUGGCAGAACCAUAUGUAAAAGAUUUUUUUGUGUCUCAUGGUGCUUCAGUGAUCCAGCGAAGCAUUUAUGUUCUUCUGUCAUCUGUGGUUCUGCAGGUUGUUUUCCAGUAUUGGCAGUAUGUCCCAUGGCUAACGCUUUGGCACAUUGAUACUACACAGAGCAGUAUAAAACUGUGGUGUUUUGCAGUGAUUCACUGCUGUGCUUGGAUAAUGACGUAUGCAGGAGUGAUUAACAUGGAUGUGCUGGAUCUGUUGGGAGUGAAGCAGGUUUAUUUUGACAUUAAUGGCUGGGGGCAACCAGAUAUAUACAAGUCAGCAGAGCUUAGACGUUUUUACCAACAUAUGCGACAUCCAACAUUUCUGGGGUUUUUGACCAUUUUCUGGUUGUAUCCUAUAAUGAGUAUUGAUCGUUUACUUCUGGCGUUUAUAUGGACAGGUUACAUGAUAAUUGGUUGGAACGUUGAUCGCAAAGACUUGUUGUAUAUUAAAAAACAAUUUAAUAACAAGAUGGUGGAGCUUUCUCCAAAUAAAUACCUUACUUUUUAUGAGAGAAGCAAGCUUUCGUAAUGAUUCCUGUUUUGUGUAAACCUGGCUGCUAAUUUAUA